CGCGCCCCGCGUCCGUACCCCGUUCUCUCCGGAGCCUCGGCUCUCUUUCCCCCCAGACGCGCGCGCGUGGGGUGCGCGCCGCUCGAGCAGGGGCGCACGUUCGUCUGGUCCCGCGCGCCGGGGUCUCCAGCAGCAGCAGCAGCGGCGAGCGGCGGGGCGGAACGCGCCUCACUACCGUCAGCGGCCGCGCUGCCGGGCCGGCCGGCCACCAUGGAGGCGGAUGGGACCGGCGAGCAGAUGAGACCGCUACUCACGCGGGGUCCUGAUGAAGAGGUUGUUGUGGACCUCGGCAAAACCAGCUCUACCGUGAACACCAAGUUUGAAAAAGAAGAGCUAGAAAGCCAUCGAGCGGUGUAUAUUGGUGUUCACGUCCCGUUCAGUAAAGAGAGCCGGCGGCGUCACAGGCAUCGUGGACACAAACACCACCACCGGAGGAGAAGAGAUAAAGACUCAGACAAAGAGGAUGGACGGGAAUCUCCCUCUUAUGAUACCCCAUCCCAGCGGGUUCAGUUUAUCCUUGGCACCGAGGACGACGACGAAGAACACAUCCCCCAUGACCUGUUCACGGAAAUGGAUGAGCUGUGUUACAGAGACGGGGAAGACUACGAAUGGAAGGAGACGGCCAGGUGGCUGAAAUUUGAGGAGGAUGUCGAAGAUGGAGGGGACCGAUGGAGUAAGCCUUACGUGGCAACCCUGUCUUUGCACAGUCUCUUUGAAUUGAGGAGUUGCAUUCUAAAUGGAACGGUCAUGCUGGAUAUGAGAGCAAGCACUUUGGAUGAAAUAGCAGAUAUGGUACUGGACAACAUGAUAGCCUCCGGUCAGUUAGACGAGUCCAUCAGAGAGAAUGUGAGAGAAGCCCUUCUGAAGAGGCACCAUCACCAGAACGAGAAAAGAUUUACCAGUCGGAUUCCCCUGGUUCGAUCAUUUGCAGAUAUAGGCAAGAAACAUUCUGACCCUCACUUGCUUGAAAGGAAUGGGGAAGGCCUCUCAGCCUCCCGCCACUCUUUGCGAACAGGUCUCUCCGCCUCAAACCUUUCACUGAGAGGAGAAUCGCCCUUGUCUCUUCUUCUCAAUCACCUUCUUCCUUCUUCGAGAGCUGGAACCCCGGCAGGCUCGAGGUGUACCACCCCAGGGCCCACCCCUCCUGGCAGUCCUCCUUCCAGCCCUGGCACCAGCCGCCCGGCCGCCGCAAGUUCCCAGCAGAGUCGGCCGCAGGCCCCACAACUGCUGGUCACACCUGCCCGUGAUGGUAUUCCCACAGUAGUAAUCCAUCCGCCCGAGGAAGACUUAGAAGUGUCGCCAGGCCAGGAGCAAGACGAGAAUGUUGGCUUAACUCCAGGUAUUUUGGCCUCUCCCCAGUCUGCCCCUGGUAACUUGGAUAGCAAUAAGAGUGGAGAAAUGAAAGGUAACGGAGGUGGAGGAAGCAGAGAAAAUAGUACUGUUGACUUCAGCAAGGUUGACAUGAAUUUCAUGAGGAAAAUUCCUUCGGGAGCCGAGGCAUCCAAUGUGCUGGUGGGAGAGGUGGACUUCUUGGAAAGACCCAUCAUUGCAUUCGUGAGGCUGGCUCCCGCCGUCCUGCUCUCCGGGCUGACCGAGGUCCCUGUUCCCACCAGGUUUCUGUUUUUGUUGUUGGGUCCAGCAGGCAAAGCCCCACAGUACCAUGAAAUUGGAAGGUCGAUAGCAACGCUCAUGACGGAUGAGAUUUUCCAUGAUGUAGCUUAUAAAGCAAAAGAUAGAAAUGACCUGUUAUCUGGAAUUGAUGAGUUUUUAGAUCAAGUCACUGUCCUGCCCCCAGGAGAGUGGGACCCUUCCAUUCGCAUAGAGCCACCCAAAAGUGUUCCUUCUCAGGAAAAGAGAAAGAUUCCCGUGUUUCCCAAUGGAUCUGCGCCCACGUCGGGUGAGAUUCCUAAGGAGGCCGCCCACCACGCCGGCCCCGAGCUGCAGAGGACCGGACGGCUUUUUGGUGGUUUGAUACUUGACAUCAAAAGGAAAGCACCUUUUUUCUUGAGUGACUUCAAGGAUGCAUUAAGCCUGCAGUGCCUGGCCUCGAUUCUUUUCCUAUACUGUGCCUGUAUGUCUCCUGUAAUCACUUUUGGAGGGCUGCUUGGAGAAGCUACAGAAGGCAGAAUAAGUGCAAUAGAAUCUCUUUUUGGAGCCUCAUUAACUGGGAUUGCCUAUUCAUUGUUUGCUGGGCAACCUCUAACAAUACUGGGCAGCACAGGGCCUGUUCUCGUGUUUGAAAAAAUCUUAUUUAAAUUCUGCAGAGAUUAUCACCUUUCCUAUCUGUCUUUAAGAACCAGUAUUGGUCUUUGGACUUCUUUCUUGUGCAUUGUCUUGGUUGCAACAGAUGCAAGCAGCCUUGUGUGUUACAUUACUCGGUUUACGGAGGAGGCCUUUGCCGCUCUCAUUUGCAUCAUAUUCAUCUAUGAAGCUUUGGAGAAGCUCUUCCACUUGGGGGAAAUCUAUGCGUUCAAUAUGCACAACGACUUAGAUAAACUGACAAGCUACUCGUGUGUGUGUGAUGAACCUGCCAACCCUAGCAAUGAAACUCUAGAGUUUUGGCAGAAAGAGAAUAUAACAGCACACAGCAUUUCCUGGGGAAACCUCACUGUUUCUGAGUGUAAAGGCCUCCGCGGGGUCUUCGUGGGACCGGCGUGCGGGCCCCACGGCCCUUAUAUUCCCGAUGUGCUCUUCUGGUGUGUCAUCUUGUUUUUUACAACAUUCUUCCUGUCUUCAUUCCUCAAGCAGUUUAAGACCAAGCGUUAUUUUCCCACCAAGGUGCGGUCGACCAUCAGCGACUUUGCCGUCUUUCUUACGAUCGUCAUCAUGGUUACGAUUGACUACCUUGUAGGAGUGCCAUCUCCUAAACUUCAUGUUCCUGAAAAAUUUGAGCCUACAGAUCCAAACAGGGGCUGGAUCAUAAGCCCAUUGGGAGACAAUCCUUGGUGGACCUUACUUAUCGCUGCUAUUCCAGCUCUGCUUUGUACCAUUCUCAUCUUUAUGGAUCAACAGAUUACGGCUGUGAUCAUAAACAGAAAGGAGCACAAGCUGAAGAAAGGAGCUGGCUAUCACCUGGAUUUGCUGAUGGUCGGCGUCAUGUUGGGAGUCUGCUCUGUCAUGGGCCUGCCGUGGUUUGUGGCUGCAACCGUGCUGUCGAUCAGUCACGUCAACAGCUUAAAAGUUGAAUCUGAAUGUUCUGCUCCAGGGGAACAACCCAAGUUUCUGGGAAUUCGUGAACAGCGGGUUACAGGGCUGAUGAUUUUCAUUCUAAUGGGCCUGUCUGUGUUCAUGACUUCGGUUCUAAAGUUUAUUCCAAUGCCUGUUCUGUAUGGUGUUUUCCUGUAUAUGGGAGUUUCCUCACUAAAAGGAAUCCAGUUCUUUGACCGUAUAAAGCUGUUUGGAAUGCCUGCUAAGCAUCAGCCCGACCUGAUAUACCUGCGCUACGUGCCUCUCUGGAAAGUGCACAUCUUCACGGUUGUACAGCUCACCUGCCUGAUUCUCCUGUGGGUGAUAAAGGCUUCGGCUGCCGCGGUUGUUUUCCCCAUGAUGGUUCUGGCAUUAGUCUUCGUGCGCAAGCUCAUGGACCUGUGCUUCACAAAGCGAGAGCUCAGCUGGCUGGACGAUCUGAUGCCAGAGAGUAAGAAAAAGAAAGAAGAUGAUAAGAAAAAAGAGAAAGAGGAAGCUGAACGAAUGCUCCAAGAGGAGGAGGAUACUGUGCACCUUCCUUUUGAAGGGGGAAGUCUCCUGCAGAUCCCAGUGAAGGCCCUAAAAUACAGUCUUGAUCCCUCAGUUGUUAACAUAUCAGAUGAAAUGGCCAAAACCGCACAGUGGAAGGCACUUUCCAUGAAUACUGAGAAUGCCAAAGUAACCAGAGCUAACACGAGCCCUGAAAAACCCAUGAGUGUGAAAAUAAAUUUGGAAGAUGAACCGACAAAGAAAUACAUGGAUGCUGAAACUUCAUUAUAGAACUGAACUCAGAGGAAUUAUAUAGAGACAUUCAUAUAUAUAUAUAUAUAAAAAAUGUGUGCGUGUCAUGUCACUAUAUAUAACGAUGUUGUAUGUCAUGCUGUUGGUGCAUGACUGCUGGGUUCUUUGAAGUAGUGUCUGCAGUUUGUUAUGAGCACCAUGGAGACUGUGUAUAUAAUGGAAUAGUCUCCUAGAAGUGAGGUACAUGGUUCUUAUCAUUCAAAUAUUUAUUCUGUUGGAAGAAAAUGCUUUUUUUGUUGUUCUGCUAUACAAAGACGGGGGAGAUGCAUUCAGUCCGUUUUCCUGAAGUCUCCGUUCAUCAAUGGUAAUUCAAAGCGCCCUUGAGUGACAUAUGCUUUGUCCGUGUAUUUAUAAUUUGUUUCCUAUAUACUCACAAUGAUGAAAUAGUUUAUGGCAGCGCUUUAUGGGAAUAGCAGGGGGUCUUUAUGUGGGGAAAAUGGCAACAAGGCUUCCGUGUGUGUGUGUGUAUGUGUGUGUGUGUGUGAGAGAGAGAGAGAGAGACAGAGAACGAGAGCACGUUCCUGUUGGUGCAGCUGUCCACCAUGCUUCACAGCCAAUGGCAGGUUCUUGACCAUAGGAGUGACCGUGGAACAAUGCAGACUUUCUAGAUAGGAGCCAUCGUUUUCAGCCUUUAUGUUGUGGGAAAAUGUUCUGAAUCUUUAAGCUUCCAUAUCCACAUUUCCAUUUUGACAGGCGAAUAAAAUUACAGUUGAUUUUUUAGUUUAGCAUCCAUGCCAGGCAUAAUUUUAGGAGCCACAAAAAUACCAGUUUGUAAGUUUUGUUACUUUUGGAGAAAACCCCUUUUUUGAGUCCCUAAGCUGUUUUUAGAGCCCCUGUUCCCACUCAGUUUUCUGCGUUAACUCUCUUUAACUUAAAAUGGGUUAGUUGGAUCAGGUUCAAGUGUUCUGUUAUUUCCUAACAUAAAUAGUGUAAUUAAAAGAAUGAGGCCUCAGAAUUCUCUCAUGGGUUUAUAAUCAGUAUUACUUUUUAUUCAGAAAUGCCUUUUCCCUGUUUGUUAUUUCUAUUGUAUAGGUUAUUUAAUAAGUUGUUACUUGCAACUUCAUUUUAAACUACUAUUUAUUUCAAUUGAUAUGCUUAUAUGACAUAAAUAUUUGAAAGGGUAACAAAUUUAUAAUGAGUUCUCAGUGUACCUAUUUGGUGCUCACUUGCGUUUGUUAUCUAAAAGCAGUUGAUAGAUUUUGCAUCUUUGAUAUAAAGUACUGCCAUAUUUGUAUUCACAAAGGAAAUUGGACUUUUUAUGUAUAGCACAAAUUGAUGGGGUUUUUUCUGUUUUGUGGUAGGAUUUGUAAUUUUUAGUUUUCCUGAGCUGUUUUUAUCUUCUGACAAAUAUUUUUAGCCAUCUUUGAUGUAAACCUAGCUCCUCAUGAAGUAAGUCAUAAGCCUGUAGGAUUGGAUGAAUGGGGUUGUGAAACUGAUUUGGCAAGAGAAUAAUUCAGAAAAUCAAGACAAGGAUUGAGAAGCCUCAGAAAUACUGAAAAUGGUGACACGAAUAUCAGUAUCCACAUUUCAGUGAGAUUCCAAAUAUCCCCUUUAAUUAUUUCUAAUAUAAAUGAAAAACCAUGAAGAAUUGAUCAUGAGGCAUGCCAAAAGCUGGUAUUUUAGCAGUUCCUAACUAGCAUUAAGUAAUGUAGUUUCCCCAUCUGAGACCAUGUGGUUCAGUUCUGGUUAGAACGGACUGCGCUUCUUGCUCAGGUGAGCUGUUGGCAGUGUAGCUGCUUUUCUCUGGACAGCAUGGCCGGGAUUACUUGGUACCACCUGAAAAGGGAGUUAGGCUCUGGGCAGCUGAUGGAGAAUUUCCCAUGGUGCUUCUUGGUGAUGAGCUUCCACUGAAGUGAUUGCUUUUUAUUCAUAGCAGCAGAAUGAUUUUCCGAGUUCCCAGUAUUUGCUGCUAUUUUUUAAGUCCCCUUCCCCUCUGAAGUUUCUGAACAAGAGGAUUUCCUCACCUCAUUUCCUUGUGCUUGGACUUUAACAGGUUAACCAUUGUACUUGUUUUACAAGGAAGUGAUUUUAAAGUAUAAAACUGAAAACUACCUGGGAUUGUAAGUGUUCUCUCUGAUUUUAUUUAAUCAUGUAUCACAAUUAUAAGUGCCAGAAAAACCAUGACUUGCAAACUACUUUGCACUCAAAACAUUUUUCUGUGUUCCCUGAUUGUUAAGCAUUUCUGCUUCCUUUUGACUACUUGACUUGGAAAGUGAUCUGUCAAUGACUACUCCAUUGAAGAGCGAAGUAGUAAACUGCUUGAUUUAGAUAUUUCUUCCACUAUUUUCCAAGAAACAUCAGUCAUGGAGAGCAUUCAUUGCAAGACAGUGAAAGGUUUUUAAAUGUUGCCUUAACUAGGGUGUGUAAUGAGCACUAGUAAUCGCUACGUACUGAUUUACCUCAUGGUGCAAAAUAAUUAAACCUGCACAGAUUCCAUUUGCAAAAAUAAAUUCCCAUAAACAGCCCUGCACUUUCUUAGCUGCCUUGAUUUCCAGAAUGGAGCUUAGUGCUACUGAAUCCCCUGGCCACCGGGCCGCCUCAGGAUAGUCUCCACCCUGUUUUAUUUAUUUAUAGAUGUCUGUUUACAAAGACUAUAAUAAAUCCUGGUGUAGAUCAUCUGAAAUUUACUUUCUUCUCAGUGCUGUUUCAAUCUAACGUAGUAGCUUUUGAGAAACAACCAACUUUCUUACAGAAAGGGAUAACUCCGUAUAUUCUGUAAUUAUCUGACAUACUCUAUAAGUGACGCACACAAUCUUUCUAAGCCGUGUGGGUGUGUGGGUGUGUGCGCGCGCGAGAAUGCUUCCAAUGUUAAAAAUCUGUUAGCAUUGUUUUAAAAAAGCUGUAGUGUCCUAAGGUUCAUAUUUGCCAAGUCUUCUGUAAACUUUUAGACAAAAAAUUUUAUGUGCUAAUGGAUGCAUUUUAUAAAGCAGAUUUGUCAUUUUCUCUAUCCCAGAAACACGAGUUUCCACAUGAAAUAUAAAAAGCUUUUUAUUUUUUUUUUCCUUUCACAAAGGCAGGUUCGAAAUUCUGUGAAAAGCGAAAUGGUGUCUGAGCCUGCGGUGUAACACGUGCAUCCGGUCAUGCCAGUGCUCAGACUGCGGAUGUGUGAGCCUUUGGUCACUCAACAAUGUCUGUGUUAUGCGGCUUCAGUCUUUUAUGUAGGUCACAUCCUGGUUAUGCUGUACUGUGCAGAUACGUGAAUCGUCUUCUGGUUUAUUGCAACAGCUAUUUAUUUCUUAGAAAGUAAAUUAUAAAGACUUUAAGAACACUUAAGAUUUAGUGUUCAAAUUGCAAAAUUUGGGGAAUUUUAAUGUAAAGUCCAUUUUCUGACUUGAAAAAGAGUUGAUUGUAAGUAAAUAGUUAGAAUCAUCUACACAUCAUUUUAAGAAGUUAAUUAGCACAUAUUAAGUUCCAUGUUUGACUUGAUUUUAAACCCCAGUUUUGUUUUUAAUCAUAUUUUUGCACAUGGUUGAUUUUUGUGUUGUGGCUUUUAUUUGUUUUUAUUACUCAAGGCUUUUGUUCUUGGGUUUUUUUCUCUCUUUUUUUUUGGCUGGGGGGAGAUUAUUUUCCAAUGUUUACUGUGUUUAAAUAAACAAAUGAAUUUUACUGUUCAUUUAUAUGAUAUUUGAUACCUUGGUGUAAUUUCACAGUACAAUUCCAAUUUUUAUGGCUUUUAUAAUAUUUUCUUUUAUAGUAAAAUCCAAAGUAAAUUAAACAUUUAAAUUGUAAAACCGAUGUUUUCAUUUUUAUGAAAUACAGGUCUCUACCAAGUCUAUAAUGUGAAUGAUCCUGCCUUUCAAAUUUGUUUCAUAUGUGUUAAAAGAAAACUAUUUUUUUGGAGAUGUUAUCGAAGUUGAAAGAGCAAUAAAAGUCUACGUAA